UUAGGAAAGCGAGGACGUUUGUAGGGAUUACGAAUUGCAUUUGGUUUCAGAGCCGGAGCAACCAACCAGUGGUUUCUACUGCCUUUGCCGCGCGCCGCCACCACCGCAACCACCACCUUGCCCGUUGCCUGUAUCCAACCAUGGAAGUCGAUGAACCUAAGCUAGUCAGUGGAGAAGACGUUGAGAUCCUUCAUGGUGAUAAUGGCUUUGCCCUUGACGAGAAGAAGAAGAGUGAAUCGGAAGUAGUAGAAGAAGAAGAAGCAUCGGUGAUCAAAACCCUAAAGGAAGAGAUCCAAACUCUGAGUAUGGAUCGAUUGGAGCUUCAGCGCUGGAAGGAUGAGAUGAAGGCUGAGAUGGAACGCUCUGAGGCUGAGAAGCAAGCCCUUGCGGGGCGCGCCGACUAUCUUGAGGGUGAGAUCUCUCGCCUGCAUCACGACCUUGGCACGGCGGUGUCCUCCAGUGCAGACUCCGAGGCAGAUGCUCAGAGCCUCAAGAAAGCACUUGAGAAUCUCCAGGCCGAGAUGGCCUCGGUCGCCGACUCCAAGGUCGCACUGGAUGCUAGGAUUGAGGGUCUGGAGGCCAAGAUCGCUGCCCUUAAUGCGCAGAGAGAGGAGGCUGCAGUGGCGCUCUCUGAGAAAGAGGCGGAGAUCGUGGCUUUGAAAAACGAGAUGGAGGCUCUCCAGCUGAAGGGGAGAGCUCUUGAAGAUGGAUUACUGGAUUACAAAGACAAGGCGAGGCAGGAAUUAGAGCAGGAGGUUAAGCGGAAGGAGGAGCUGGAGAAGGCUGUGAAGGAGCUGGAAGAGGAGAACUCCCGUCUCCAGGACCGGAUUCAUGGAUUCCAGUCAGAGUCGGAGAAGAGGGAUCUUGUGACAAAUGACGGCAAAGGAAAUGGCAUGGCGGUGGACGUGCACGAGGGUUUGAAAGUCUCAUGGGCUGUCGUUGCAGCAGCUGCAGCAUCGACUGGAACUGUUGCUGCCGCGGUCACUGCGAUCUAUCUCCGCCAUGCCAAGCAGAGGUAAGUUUUCAAGUGUUCCUUCUUCUCAUCACCAUCAUCACCAUCCGUUCUUUUUCUGUCUUGCAAGCAAGUUAGGUAUUUUGUUUGUCUGGCUAUGAAUAUACUCGAAUUUACUUUUUGAUUCUGUCUCCUAUCAGUAAGCUCUUAAUCUGGUUUACAUAAACGGAGAUGUCUUUUCCAAUUUUGGUUUGUGAUAUGGUGGGUCUGAUCCAUUAGGUUACUGCUAUCCAUGAUAUAGGCUGUUUUUGUUACAAUUUUCUCUUUCGGAGAUACUGGUUUGUGAUGUUGCUGACAAAUUUGCGGCCUCUUUUCUAUUGUGGUUGCUAUAUGAAGACAAUAUUGAAGCUAAACUGUUUCUUUUCUUUGAUGAA